AUGAGUUAUCCCAAGUUGAUUGUUAGUGUUGUUACUUUGCUUUGUUUAAUUCACUUUUCUAGUGGUGUGAGAAUGCUUAGGGAGGAAAAUGAUAAUUUAUUUAAGGAGGAAAAGGAUGCAGAUACUCCUGCUAAUCCAAACAUUGGAGGAAUUCCAUUUCCAUUCAAUUUUCCACCACUUUCUGGUGGAAUUCCAAAUAUAGGUUUCAAUAUCCCAAAUUUUAAUAUUCCUGGCUUUGGAAUUCCUGGUGCUGGUACAGGUACCGGUGCUAAUAAUCCAUUUAAUAUUCCAAUCCCUGGACUUCCUAAUGUUGAUGUUCCAGCCCCUGGAGUUCCUGAUGUUGCUGUUCCAGACCCUGGAGUUCCUGAUGUUGCUGUUCCAGUCCCUGGAGUUCCUGGUGUUGCUGUUCCAGACCCUGGAGUUCCUGAUGUUGAUAUUCCGGCCCCUGAUGUUGCUGUUUCACCUCCAGCUUAA